UUUAAAUUUUUCUAUAAAUGUAAUUUUGUAAAUUCCUUUCCCUACCAUUGGUCAUGCUUUGAAAUUUUUGACGGGCGAAAGAGUUCCAGAAUAUGUACGAUCCGAGUUGCUGGCAAGGAAGUCCCGAGGGCUGCCAACCAGAGUGGCCAUGUUCCAUGAAUGGUUUCGGUUGUCGUUCUCGCUCCUUGGAUUCCUGUCAGUGUGGCGAAGUAUUUCCGGAUUUCCAAAAGUUCCCGGACAUGAUGCCGCCAAGUUUUCUUCAAACACCUCCACAAAGGCCACAAAACGUCCAAAAGUGUCAAAAUAAAAAGUCCCAAAGAAAGCCACGAUCGAAAAGUUGUCCGGCUUGUAUUAAACCUCGUCCUUGUGAAGGACCAAGAAGCGAGGGUGGAUGUAGUCAAACAGCACCGAAGCCUCAACAAUGUUGUGGAAGUUAUGGACAAGGUUACGGACAAUGUUACGAUGGUAAUACCCGCGGAGAAUACCUGCCAGGAUUUGGGAAUGGAUGUUGUCCAUAUGAAUUCAACAACGGGGGUACUUGCGCCUUUCCAUGUCCAGGACAAGCUUCAAGCAUACCUUGUAUGGUUGGGCCGUCGAGGUAUAACAACUGGAGACCUCCCGAAUGUCUACCACCGGCAGGCUUACCCUCUACUAGAGUCCCGAAGUUCAAUCCUUGCACUGGUGAAAACAUUUACGAUUCUUGCCACUUUUCUAUGUGUUCCACCCUGAAUCGAUACUGUCCUUAUAAUGUCUUGGGGACAAUGCCACAUCCAUGUCAAGGAUCAUGGUCGCCUCCAAAUUGUGGUGGUUUUAUGGCAAAAGAUCCACAAACUCCCAACACCGGAGACACCGGAGACAAUGAUUGCUCUAAUAAAGCUCCCCAAAAAGGAAAUAAAUCGAAAACCCCACAAAAAUCAUCCUCCAAUCGUGUGGAAUCCAAAGGAUCAAAAAUUGAUGAUGAUCCUUGUGAUGAUGAAGUUUUCGGCAGUGAAAAUGUUUCAAAAACUUUACCAAAAAAAUCUACCAACCGUGUGGGUCCCAAAAAUCGAAAUUAUGAUCCUUGUGAUGAUAGAGUCCCCAAGAUUUUGAAUGUUUCAAAAACUUUCCAAAAACAAGCGUCCAAUUCUUUGGGGCCCAACAAACGAAAUAAUGAUCCAUGUGAUGAUAGAGUUGAGAAUAGAUCAAAAGCCUCACAAAAUCCAAGGUCCAAGUCAUUGGAACCCAACAAUAGGAAUAGAGAUCCUUGUGAUGAUGGAGUAUCCCCGAUUUUAAAUGGAUCAAAAGUCUCACAAGGUCCAAAUCAAAGGUCCAAUUGUUUUGAACCCAACAAUAGAAAUAGAGAUCCUUGUGAUGAUGGAGUCCCCGAGAUUGAAAAUAUAUCUGAAACCUCACAAGAUCCAAGUCAAAGGUCCUAUGGUUUGGAUCCUUGUGACGAUAGAGUCCCCCAGAUUGAAAAUAGAUCUGAAGCCUCACAAAAUCAAAGGUUUAAUUUCUUGGGUUCCAACAAUCGGAAUAAAAAUCCUUGUGAUUAUAGAGUCCCCCCGAUUGUAAAUGGAUCAAAAGCCUCACAAGGUCCAAAUCAAAGGUCCAAUGGUAAUGUGCUUCAAAAGUCCUCGAGGCAACAAAAUACCAUCAGAGGUAGAGCAACUGAAACCAGGAGGGGCAAUUUCAACCAUGAGGCCAAUCCACCAGAAGAAAUGGAUUCCAAUGAAGGAAUGUCUAGGAAUGAUUCUUCGGAAGGGUGUCAAGAGUGCUUCAACAAUCUAUUGGAAUUCUGCUCGGAGACACCUAACCGAACCUGCAGAUGGGACCAGGCCCCGGACCAGCAGACGUAUUGUUGCUGUUUGAUGCGCAAAAACAUGACUAGAGGAGGUGGCAAAAAAAAGAAGGCGCCUGCAGCUAAAGGAUCUGCGCCCAAAGGAGCUGCCCCCCAAAGAGUGGACCCUCAAGGAGCUGAACCCCAAGAAGCUGACCCUCAAGGAGCUAUCUCCAGAGGAGCUUCCCCUAAGAGAGCUACCCCCAAAGGCACUACCCCCAAAGGCACUACCCCCAAAGGAGCUACUCCUAAAGGUACUACCCCCAAAGGAGCUACCCCAAAAGGUACUUCUCCUAAAAGUGGUAGCCCAAAAGGUGGUACCCCAAAAGGUGGUACCUCCAAAGGAGCUGGAAAAUCCAAAUCGUCCAAAAAGAAAAACAAGGUCCAAGAAUCGAGCGACAACAUGGAAGACUUUGGCUCAACUGGUUCUCGAGAUAGAUCGCCAAAGGCUCUGGAAAUGGACCAGCACUCGGAAUCGGCCAAGAAAGCCGAAAGCCAGAAUGACUGCUCCUGUGGCUGUGAUGAAUCUUCAUCGAAACCCAAACCGGAGAUGCGCAGUUGCAGCUGCUAUGCCAAUCUGAUGGAUGAAUCUCAGGAUCAGGAAACCAAUACGCCGGUGUGCAAAGAUGCAUGUUCCUCGUGCUGUGGUGGCGGAGCCUCCGGUGCAGCGGUCCCAGCUCCUUCCACCGACGGAUGUGCCAGUGUGUGCGGCGUUCCUGAUAGCGGCGGAGGAAAUGAUAGUGGCGCGGUAUGCGGUGGCUGUGGGGGAUGCGGUGGCUGUGGUGGGUGCGGCGGCUGCCCCAGUUGCUGGAAUCCAUGCACCUGCGUUUGGUGCUACAAUCCCUGCACAGGAUGCUACUACUACUAUCCUUCGAAUUGUUACAAUUGUUGCCCGAACUAUAGUUGCUGUUAUGCCGGUUGUUGUGGCAGUUGUUGCAUCCCCAAGCUGCCACCGCCAUAUCCCGAUGUUACCACACCCUCCAAAAAAUCCAAAGACCCCAAGGACUCCUCUCCCAAGAAAGCCAAAGCCGGCAACAAGAACGGCAGAGGCAACGAUCCACGGAAUCCUGGCGGAACGGACCUAAAUGCCAGCCCAAAGUUUCCGUCGCAGCCGUCACAGUCAACCCCAUCCGGAUAUCCUUUAGGGUCUCAGACUAUCAUGCAUUCGCUGGGCGAGGUGGAUGGCAGGGUGAGGCAGCGACGGAGUAAACGAAAGUUGGAAUUAGAGCCAUCUUAUAGCAAGGACUCUAGCGCCCAAUAG